CCUAAUCUCACGCUCUCUUCGAUUCCACCAUUAUCUCUCUCUCUGUCAAUGUUAUCUUCUUUGCACCAACUUCAACGCAUUAACGAGGGCACAAAGACCCAUAAAAACGACAAAGCUCCCUAUUCUCUCGAAAAUUCGCAAAUUCUAAAGAUGGAUGUUGCGGGUGGCUAAAUCCUCUUUUCUAGCAUGACCUUUAAUGAUACGGAGAUGUAUGUGAGAAGAGACAAAAACAUCAAUUUAACGACAAUUAUAGAUCCUAACGUUUGUAGAAGCGAAGCUCUUGGUAUGGAAUAUGAAUUAGAUUGGGCUGGACAUAAUCAUCAUUCAUCAUUGGUCACUUCAAUAGCUUUCUUCUCCGCUAAUUUGUUUAUCCCUUUGUCUUUGAAAAUCCCUAUACGUGACGGGUUUCAUGAGAUUCUUUAAUCACGUCUUUUUCAUUUACACAAAAUCUUACUCUAGUUAGAAAUUUUUAUUGGGGAGGAAAGAUAUUAGUCAAAAAGAUGCAUCCUUUUGUAAGUGAGAAGAAAAUGAUUGUAAACAACGGCAUGUGUUUCUCCAAAGGAAAUCUUGAUGAUCUUGGUUUACGGUUGUUGUCUGAGCCUUUGAUUCCGGGAUUGUCUGAUGAUGUGGCAAAGUUGUGUCUGGCGCUGGUUCCACGCGCUAGCUUCCCAUCCAUGGGACGUGUCUGUAAGAAAUGGAGGUUUGUUGUUCAGAGCAAAGAGUUUAUUACCGUGAGAAGACUCGCCGGUAUGCUUGAAGAGUGGCUCUAUGUGUUAACAAUGAAUGCUGGAGGAGAAGAGAGCCACUGGGAGGUGAUGGACUGUUUGGGACGUAAGCUAGCCUCUCUUCCACCGAUGCCUGGUCCUGCAAAAUCAGGGUUUAAGGUGGUUGUGGUUGAUGGGAAACUCCUUGUGAUAGCUGGUUUUGCUAUGAUCAACGGUUCUCAUGUUGCAUCUUCUGAUGUUUAUCAGUAUGAUACUUGCCUCAACAGCUGGAGCAGACUAGCAGACCUUGAGGUAGCUCGCUAUGACUUUGCCUGUGCUGAGGUGAAUGGGCUUGUUUAUGUGGUGGGAGGUCAUGGAGUAGACGGGGAGAGUCUGUCCAGUGCAGAGGUGUAUGAUCCAGAGACGGGCAAAUGGACUUUCAUUGAGUCUCUGAGGCGUCCAAGAUGGGGCUGUUUCGCUAGCGGCUUCAACGGGAAGCUCUACGUGAUGGGUGGGAGAUCCAACUUCACAAUUGGAAACUCAAAACUUGUUGAUGUGUACAACCCUCAAUGCGGCUCCUGGUGUAGCAGCAAAAACGGUGUAACUAUGGUCACAGCUCAUGUUGAAGUAGGAAAAAAGCUGUUCUGCAUCGAAUGGAAGAACCAGAGGAAGAUGUCGGUGUUCAAUGCGGAAGAUGAUACUUGGGAAGUAGUGGCUCUUCCGUUGUCAGGAAGCUCGAGGGCCGGGUUUCAGUUUGGUAAGCUGAGUGGGAAGCUUCUGCUCUUUUCGUCUCAGGAAGAAACCGGUCGGAGUACUUUACUGUAUGACCCGGAUGCUGCACCAGGCAGGCAGUGGAAAACAUGUGAGAUAAAACUGUCUGGUUCUUGCGUUUGCAGCGUCACAAUCACAGCCUGAUUGAUGAUGUAAGUGCUAGCAUUGUUGUUGCAAAUCAAAGAGAGCAUUGUCUCUUCUUAUACACUGAUUUGAAAUUCUUUUGAAUAAAGUGGAGUGUUUUUGUUUCGAACUGCUAUGGUGUUGUGGUGAUUCUCCUCCGAUUGUACGUUGUAACAUAUGAUUGAUUUAUGUUUUAAUGCAAUUCACGUUUGAUUUGU